CAGGGGGGAGUGGGCCUGCCUCGCGCUUUUAAUACAGAUGCGCUCCUCCGCGCGCCCUGCGGAUCCACGGAGCCCCGGACACACACACACACACACACACACACAAACACACCCACACACACACACACACACAGAGACACACACUCGGCACCAUGACUGCAGCCAGCAACACCUACGACGUGGUGGUGGUCGGCGGAGGAUUAUCAGGUUUGAGUGCAGCAAAGCUGUUGAAAGCCAAUGGACUGAGGCCUGUUGUUCUGGAGGCCAGGGAUCGGGUCGGUGGACGCACCUUCACCGUGCGGAAUAAGGAGACAAAGUGGGUUGACCUGGGCGGGGCUUACAUCGGACCGACUCAGAACCGCAUCCUCCGAUUGGCCAAAGAGUACGGCGUCCAGACCUACAAAGUCAACGAGCAGGAGAGCCUGGUGCACUAUGUCAACGGGAAGUCUCACCCGUUCAAAGGCUCCUUCCCCCCCAGGUGGAACCCCUUCGUCCUGCUGGACUUCAACAACCUGUGGAGGACGAUGGACGAGAUGGGCCAGGAGAUCCCCAGAGAGGCCCCCUGGAGGGCCCCCCAUGCCGAGGAGUGGGACAAGAUGACCAUGCUGCAGCUGUUGGAGAAGAUCUGCUGGACCAGCACCGUCCGCAACUUCGCCAAGCUGUUCGUGAACGUGAACGUGACCUCUGAGGUCCACGAGGUGUCGGCUCUGUGGUUCCUCUGGUACUUGAAGCAGUGCGGAGGAACCAUGAGGAUCUUCUCCACCAGCAACGGAGGACAGGAGAGGAAGUUUGUGGGCGGUUCGAGUCAGAUCAGCGAGUCCAUGUCGGACGAGCUCGGAGAUCUGGUGAAGAUGGAGUCUCCGGUCUACAGCAUCGACCAGAGCGGAGACAUGGUGGAGGUGCAGACGCUGGACAAGCAGACGUACACAGCCAAGUAUGUGAUCCUGGCCACCCCCCCUAGCCUGAACAUGAAGAUACACUUCACCCCCGAGCUGCCCCCCCUCAGGAACCAGCUGAUCAGCCGAGUGCCAAUGGGCUCCGUCAUCAAGUGCAUGGUGUACUACAAGGAGAACUUCUGGAGGAAAAACGGGUACUGUGGCAGCAUGGUGAUCGAGGAUGAAGGCUCUCCCAUUGGCCUGACGCUGGAUGACACAAAGCCUGAUGGGAGCGUACCCGCCAUCAUGGGAUUCAUCCUCGCCCGCAAGUGCAGAAAGCUAUCAGGGCUGACCAAAGAGGAGAGGCUGAAGAAGAUCUGUGAGAUCUACUCCAAAGUGCUGGGCUCAGAGGAGGCUCUGCAUCCCGUGCACUAUGAGGAGAAGAACUGGUGUGAAGAGGAAUACUCUGGCGGCUGCUACACCACCUACUUCCCCCCGGGAAUCCUCACACAGUAUGGAAAGGUGCUGAGGGAGCCGGUGGGCAGGCUGUAUUUUGCAGGAACAGAAACGGCCACCGAGUGGAGUGGAUACAUGGAGGGGGCGGUGCAAGCCGGAGAGAGAGCCGCCAGAGAGGUCAUGUGUGAAAUGAAGAAAAUCGACAAGAGUCAGAUCUGGCAGACGGAGCCUGAGUCUGUGGAAGUGCCGCCACUCCCGUUCGUCACCACCUUCUGGGAGAGAAACCUCCCUUCAGUCGGCGGUCUCUUAAAGUUCAUGGGGGUCUCUGCCUUCCUCUCUGUGGCCACCGCCACCGGCCUGGUGGCCUACAAGAAGGGUCUGAUCCCCCAGAGUUAAACCACAACAGACUCUGUACUGCCAGUGCACUACUUUAUGUCCCAAUCUGCAGAGUAGUGAGCUGAAUGCAGUAUAGGAUAAACACUAAUGCACCGUCACUCUGUGCACCGUCUGUUCCCUGAGAAAGAGAGAGUUUAAAUCCACAGUCUGAGAGUCAGCUGUGAAACCAAGAAGUGAAUCUUAAAGUAUAUAAAUGUAAAUCACUAUUACCAUUACACACAUUGCUUAUGACAUUCACAGUCUUACUUACAUGUGAGUUUAUCGACUCAUUAUGUUUUCUGUCUGUAUGUGUGUGUGUGUGUGUGUGUCAGGUGUGUGUGUCUAAUUACCUCUGCUGAUAUUAGGUGCUAAUUUAUUCCAGCCGAGCAGCUGUAGCUGUUUGAUGAGACGCCUGCUGCAAAACCACAGAGGAGGUUUUAAGGGAUAAGGCUGCUAGGAUGCUAGAUUUUUCUUCUUGUCAACAACAAUUUAAGGCAAUUACGUUACUUAAGGUACGUAAAUUAAGAUAAUUAGCAUAAUUGAGACCUCUUUAACACAGUCUUUAUGCUAGAUAUUCCUCACAAAAGCACCACAUUGGAAAGUAGUCCCCAAAAAAUGUCCUGUUUACUCCUGUAAAUGGACGGUACGUACAUAGCGCUUUACCAAGAAACAAGGGUCUCACGAGGCUGGAAGGUCGGAAAUUACUGUCAUUAAUCAGCCGUUUUCAUGGGAUUUGUGGACAAUAACAAAAAAGCAGAUUAAAAAAUAGGUAAUAAGCCUUAUCCUUCAUAUAA